AUGCAUAAAAGUCUUCUUCUCGUCUUUAUUCAUGGCUUCAAGGGCGAUGAUGAUACCUUCGGCCAUUUUCCAGAGCAUCUUCGGGUCGUAGUCGGCAAGGCACUCCCUGCCGUUACGGUGACAACGGCUGUGUACCCCAAGUACGAGACAAAAGGCGAUUUGAAAGAAUGUGUGGGAAGGUUCCGAGAAUGGCUGCAGAACACCGUGAUUGAUCUGGAGGUUGCAAACGAGACCGCGUCACCCACUGUUGAUCCAUCGGUCCACGUUUUCCUGGUCGGACAUUCUAUGGGUGGAAUUGUUGCAGCAGAGACACUACUAUUACUAGCAGCUGAGCAACCUAUUCAUCACAACUCCACAUCGGAUGCACAACCGGCGCCUGGGCCAGAUGACCAACCCCCUGCCGUGGAACCUGGUACAUUCAUGUUCCCUCACAUCCAAGGGGUCCUGGCCUUUGAUACCCCAUACCUAGGCAUUGCUCCAGGUGUGGUGUCAUACGGCGCAGAAGGGCACUAUCGCAAUGCUACCACGGCCUACAAUACAUUUUCGGAAGUUGCUGGGCUUUUCGGAUACGGUGGAAAGAACGACGCAUCCAAAGGGGCAGCCGCAGCUGAAGUCGCGAAAGAGCCGGCUAAAGCUCUGCCAGCCUCCACUGAUGCUGCCGCAACUCCAUCUUGGCAGCGAUGGGGUCGAUAUGCCAUGUUCGCAGGGGCCGCAGGGGCAGUUGCUGCCGGUGGCGCAGCUGCUUUGUACACCAACAGACAGAACCUGUCCGCCGGGUUCAACUGGGUAUCGUCUCAUCUCGAGUUCGUGGGAUGUCUGACGAGAGGUUCCGAAAUGCGUCAGCGUCUUGAAGGCUUGGCUCAAGUCCAGGAUGAACGGGGCAUACGGAGUGUCAACUUCUAUACGUGUCUCGGUAAAGGCGCGUCUUCUCUUGUGCAUACCUCAGGGGAAGGCAAGACAUCUUUCAGCGAACAUAUUAUUCGGUCGAAUUUCCGAACUUUCUGCACCCUUCCACCUGAGGUUGAGAAUGGCAAACAAAGCACUGCCCCGGGACUUCGAUGGAUCAAGGCCAUCAAUGACAAAGCUUCAGACGAGCCUCAGGCCCACAUCAGCAUGUUCUUAUCGAAAAAUAACCCGGCAUUUUUUGAGCUACUUAGCGAGGCUGGUAAGACCUUGGUAGGCUCGAUUGACGUGGGUUGGUAUAACACAUCUACCGCAUCGGCCGAAAGGAACAGUCCCCCAACAGAACAAGCAAACCCCGAAGGUGAUGAUGACUUCAUGGACGCUGAUGACGUUGUCGUUGUGGAUUGA